CCUGCUGUUGCAGCCUCCAGGCCAGCAGGUGGUGUCUGUGAAACUUUCAUUUCCGCCACUGUUGAAGUCGAUGAAGAAUGACGUCACUGUCAUGGAGCUGGUUUUGGUCUUUGGCCGCUGGAGUUUCUUUAUUAAAAUGUCUCUUCAUCAAUGCGUAUCGCUCCACAGACUUUGAGGUGCACAGAAACUGGUUGGCUAUCACUCACAGUCAGCGCCUGUCCAGGUGGUACUACGAGAACACCUCAGAGUGGACUCUGGACUACCCGCCACUGUUUGCUUGGUUUGAGUUCAGUCUGUCCUACGUGGCUUCGCACUUCGACAGAAGCAUGCUAUUGGUGGAGAAUGUGAACUAUGUCAGCCCGGCUGCCGUGCUGUUCCAGAGGCUGUCAGUUGUCUUCAGUGACGGUGUCUUCAUCUGCGCGGUCAGAGAGUGUUGCAGGUGUGUUUGGGAGCAGAAGGGUUCCAGAGACGUGCUGAACCGGCCGCCCUUCGUCCUCGCUGUGCUGCUCCUCUGGAACUUUGGCCUCCUCAUCGUUGACCAUGUUCAUUUCCAGUACAACGGCUUCUUGUUUGGCUUCCUGUUGCUGUCGCUGUCCACUCACCUGCAGUCCAGGCACCUGUUGGGGGCGCUGCUGUUCGCCAUCCUGCUCAACCUGAAACACAUCUACCUCUACGUGGCACCAGCAUACGGCAUCUACCUGCUGAGGAGUUACUGCUUCACUCGAGACAACAAAGAUGGUUCGGUCCAGUGGACAAGUUUCAGUCUGCGCCGUCUGCUGGCUCUGGCCGGUAUUGUUGGGUCCGUCUUCACGCUGUCUUUCGGCCCAUUUAUCACCAUGGGUCAGCUCCCACAGGUGUUGUCCCGCCUCUUCCCCUUUAAACGAGGUCUCUGUCACGCCUACUGGGCCCCCAACAUCUGGGCUCUGUACAACAUCCUGGACAAAAGCCUGGUGCUGCUCGGUGUUCGCCUGAAGCUACUGCAAGAGGCGGAGCUUCCUCGAGCCUCCAUGACGGGCGGCUUGGUUCAGGAGUUCCAGCACUCAGUCUUACCUUCUGUCUCUCCUUCGGUCACACUCGUCUGCACUCUGCUGUCCAUCCUGCCGGCGCUGGUCUCCCUGUGGCGCCGUCCUCGUGGUGCUCGGGGUUUCCUGCGCUGCCUGCUGCUGUGCGCUCUGGGCUCCUUCAUUUUCGGAUGGCACGUGCAUGAAAAAGCCAUCCUCAUCGUCAUCCUGCCCCUCAGGUCAGCCUCACUAACUGCACUAACCCAAGCCUCUCCCUGUUUUUCAGUCUGUUUGUUCUUAUCCCCCAUAGGAUUCCACUGCCAGAUCCCCCAUGUAAAUCUGCCAGAUUACAAAUUGUCCUUUUCGUCCUCCAGCGGUCCAGACUGUCUGCUCCAUCCUCUGGAAGUCAUCUACCUGCUCGGCCUGGUCGUCUUAGCGGUGCUCUGUGACCUGAUCUAUCCUCUGUCUCCAUGGCAGCAGAAGUUUCCCUUCCUCCCCCUGCUGGUGACCUCAGUGUACUGCUCUGUCGGCGUGUGCUCCUCCUUUGUGCGUCUGUACAUCAGUUUACUCAGGCAGGACAGGAAGCUCAAACAGCUUUAAGACUUCACCGUGGACCUGAACGGUCACAGGUUUGAGCCCCGCCACACCUUCUGAGUUCACCACCAGUCCUGCCCAAGUGCUUCUGAGCAAACUCUUCACCACACAUAGGCUGUCUGGAGAAAGUGCUGCACCCAGCCACUAGGUGGCCACACUUUUUGAGAACUGUGAUGUCCGUUUUUUUUUUACAGUUCAUGUGCAAAAACACUUUGUGCUGUUUUGAUUAAACAGAAACAAACAAAAACAAUCGAUACAGCUUGUGACUGUAACCUCACCGCUAAUCCUACACACCCACCUGCACUGUCACUUGAAGUACUACAUGAUUUACGUCAAAAUGUAUUUGCAGUACCACACAGACCAGCCCGGCAUUGGUUGCAUUUUUGUAUUAGAAUAACUGGUCAUUUAUUACGUUCGUUCAUGAGUUUUUAUUUCCUGACACACACUUUGGUAUAAUUACAAUAAAGAUUUCAUCCAUUCAUUCAUCACUUUGUUGCAGUUAAUUUAAGUGUAUAUUUUAUAUCUUUUAGAUGUUAAUUAAAUCUGGGAAUGUAUUUAAUUUCUCUCUGUGGAAUGUUAA